CUGCUCUCUCAGAUGUUUCCGUGGUUGGCUGUGUUUUCCCUGGAGCCAAAGGUUCCUGGGCAGCGCACUCCGGAGGAGCUGGUGACUAACACUCUGAUGCUGGAGCUUGGUGCCAUGGUGAAGCGGACAGAGCGCAUCCGCUUGGAGAGAGAAGCAGAGUUGCGCCGGCGUCGGAGCUCCACCUCAAACGUAGACUACAGCUGGCUGGCUGGACCCCAGGCCCACGCACCCUACGAGCUCACCCCGGGAGAAGUGCUGGAACUGCAGGAUCUCUGUGCUCAAAUCCCCCCUCCACAGUGCGGACCGGUCAUAGUUAGGUUCCGGAAGCUGGUGAGCGAGUUUGAGCCAGAGGUUCACGAGGUUUCGCGGCUGUUCCGCUCGGUUGUGCAGAACUGUCUGGAUGAGCUUGCUGGAGAUGAGGAGCUGAAGGCCAGAGCAUCCCGCUGGGACAAACAGCGCAGCAAAAGCCUCUCCUUCGUCAGCUUCCGCUCCAAGUUCCGCACCUUCAGCCGUGGGCGCGGGGGGCUGUCAGGUUCCCGUGGCAACCUGCCGGAAGAGAGCGGUUGGUCCGACGAGGAUGAGGAGGCAGGAGAGCAGGUGGCGGCCGUGAAGAGAACACACAGGGUGCGGAGCAGAAGCAUGCCAGAGAUCACCCCUAUAGAACAGGCAGCACAAAGCUGA